AUGGACGGCACGAAGCGCGAAUUCGAGAAGACGUAUGAGAAUGAGGUCGGGCGCGACGCGUACAAGGCGCGCUAUGACUUUGAGACCAUCCGGCAGAUCAUUGCUGAGGCUCACUUUGUCAAUGUCGCCUUUGUCGACUUGGAUGGCAACCCACAAUGCAUCCCCAUGGUGGCAGCCAUUGUUGAGACGCCAGCGGGUCUCGAAGUAUACCUACACGGCUACCACCGUGCUCGCCUCGUCCGCCUUGUGCCCCCCGAGACGCGCGUGUGCAUCACCGCGACGCUGAUGGACGGAAUCGUGCUGGCGUUGAGCGCGUUUAACAGCUCCAUCAACCACCGGAGUGCCGUGCUGCAUGGCCAGGUAGGGGAGUGGAGUGAAGGUGAAGCGGGAGAAAAGGAGCGAUGGGAAGCCUCACGUGCGAUUGUUGAAGGAGUGAUGCCAGGACGCUGGGAUGGGUGUCGUGCGCCCAGCCCAGCCGAGAUGACGACGACCGGCUUUGUUAAGGUCAAGAUCCACAGUGCGAGUGCCAAAAUACGCAGCGGGGAGCCAGGGGAGGAGCGUCGGGACGAGAAGGACGAGGAGCUACGAAGCCGCGUGUGGGCUGGCGUGAUUCCUGUUCGUGCUGCGUACGGCACCCCAGAACCUUCGCGUUUCAACCGCGUUCCGCUACCCGACUACAUCCAAACCUCCAUCGUUCGUGGAGGCGCUCUAUCCAACUGA